GUGCACCCAAAUUUCCACGCAAUGCACAGUUGCACCCGAUUGCAGCAUGGCAGACUCAGGAAAACCAGAGAAGAAGAUGGAGAAAGUGGAUUUAGGGUUCGUCGACGAGUGUGAUUUACGGCUGCUAAAGAGUCAUCAUUUUCCUAGCAAAGUUGGGGGUAAACCUGCAUGGUUAUCUCUUAAUCCAAUUCCCCGUCCCGAGGAUUUGUCUUGUCCGAAAUGUGGUAGCCCUCAACUGUUUCUUCUGCAAGUCUAUGCCCCAAGGGAUUCACGAGACGAUACUUUUCAUCGUAUAAUCUUUGUAUUUGUGUGUCGAAACCCCGCAUGUUGCGUGGCAAACAGCACAGAAAACUUUCGAGUUUUUCGAUCACAGCUAGGUAGGAUAAAUGACUUCUUUAGUUCGGAUCCCCCUCCAGACGACCCAGAGGCUGACGAAGUCGGUGAAAGUAACCGGCCCGACGCAAAAAACUUUCAACCGCUGUGUGCAGUAUGUGGAUGUGCCGGACCUAAAGUAUGUGGCAGAUGUCAUAGACAAAAUUAUUGUAGCAAGGAGCACCAGACUAUUCACUGGAAGGCCGGGCACAAGACGAGCUGCAGCACCACCAUUUCCCAAACUGCAGGAACGGAAGUAGACUGCCAUGUGUUAUUUCCAGAGGCUGAACUCACAAUUGAUGCUGAAGAUUUGUCAGUGGAAUCUACUGAGGAGUCAUGUCAGCUUCCAGAGUCAUCACAGGCAGAUGCCAGUAAUGCUAGUGCACAGUACAGUAACGAAGAGCUGGAGCAGAUUGCUAGACAAGAGACAGAGGAUGACAAGCAGUUUCAAAAGUUCAAGAAGCGAGUGGCACAUGAACCUGAUCAGGUUCUGAGAUACUGUAAGGGAGGACAGCCUCUUUGGGUAUCUGCUGAAAACAAAGCCAGAACUGAAGAUAUUCCAAAUUGCUCUUGUGGAGCACACAGGGAAUUUGAAUUUCAAGUAAUGCCCCAGCUGUUGAACUAUCUGGGUGUGGACAGCACAAGUGCUAGUUUGGACUGGGGAACUCUGUGUGUGUACACAUGUUCUGAGAGCUGCAGCAUUGGAACAACUAUGUCCCAGAAUUUAUCUGGAAGCAAGACUUUUUAGCUCAUCAGUAGUUUUGUUGCUGAACCUUUCAGACUUACUCUCAUUUUAUGUUUUACAUAAACGGAUUAAGUGGAUUAAAUCUGAGUCAAUA